AUGCACGCAGCUCGUAUCACGAAAACGCAGCCAGAUAACGCUGUUUCAGAGAAAGGUCACAACCACCCAGAUCAUCAUAUAUCUGAGAGGAGUGCACAUGAAAGCGCCGAGCACGCACACGAAUCCGCGGAGGAAGAAGGAGACGCUGAUUCAGUGAACGAGAUAGCUCCAGAUAAUGAGCUACAGGAGAUCAUGGACGAGCCCGAAUGCAGCGAAGAUAAGAACAAGGGCGAAGAGGAGGGCACGGUAGAGGAGAACAAACACCACGCAAAGCUCUCGUUGAAGGAUCAGCAACAUGAUCACAAAGUGGGCAAACGAAGUGCUUACGGUGGUGAAGCACACGGUCAUCAUAGCCCGGGCGGGCACCAUCCUGCACGUGAAAAGCGUUCAGAAAGCGGAGGAGAUUCCGCUGAAGGGAAUCACGAAGACCCAACAGAUGUCGAAGAUUACAGCUCCGAUCAUGAGCACCACGACACCGAGCACGCCAAAAGGAAACGCCGAGACACUGAUGAAGAACCUGAUCAUCUAGAACAUCACGAACAUCCUGAUGGCAGUCAUGAA